CUUUACCUUCUUUUCUUUCGCUAAAAGCGUCUUGUUCUCUUGAAGAGUUAAAUCGUCACUUGCGCAAAGCGAUAAAAAACAAAGGUUAGAAUUAUAUAUAAAAUGAAUGGAUGAUGAAACGGAUGGAUGGAUGGAUGGAUGGAUGGAUGAAAAAAAAACUGACUCUUAUUUAUUAUUAUUUUAGAUCACCCAACAUGAAAUUCCUCGCUGCUUACCUCCUUUUGAAUGCUGGUGGAAAGACCUCUCCUUCUGCUGACGAUAUCAAAAACCUUUUGAACACUGUCGGUAUUGAAAACGAUGAAGAACGUAUUACCAGCUUGAUUGCUGCUCUUUCUGAAAAGGAUGUUGCUCAACUCAUCGAAGAAGGAAAGGAAAAGCUUGCUUCUGUUCCUACUGGUGGUGCUGGUGCUGUUGCCUCUUCUGGUGCUGCUGGUGCUGGUGCUUCCGCUGAAGCUGCUGAAGAAGUCAAGGAAGAAGAAAAGGAAGAAUCUGAUGAUGACAUGGGCUUUGGUCUUUUUGAUUAGAUAGUCAAUCUUUUGUAGAUGAUUCUUUUUUUUUUAUAUAAUCAAAAUAAAAGUCCAAUGAUUUAUUAGUAUUCCUUUUUAUUAUU